AUGGGUAAUAAACAGUCGAACUUCAGUCAAUGGGAUCCAAACCGCCUUUCACAAGCCACCGGCAUUCCACCACAACAAAUACUUGCUCUCCAUCAAAAUUUCAUUCAAGUCGCCGGUAAUGACAACAAAAUGGACAAGAAAGAAUUUCGUCGUUGCUAUGAUGUUCUCGUGCCUGGUGGAACUCAUGGACACAAAGCAGCUGACAGAGCGUUCAAAGCAUUCGACAGAGAUAAUACAGGCUAUUUGACGUUCGAAGAGUUUCUCUCUGCUUAUGUCAUGUUAAAUCAACAUGUGACACCGUAUGAACGAGCCAGUUUCCUUAUCGAUCAAUACAAUCCAAAUUCAAAUGGUAUUAUCACACCUGAGUACGGUCGACAAGUGUUUGAUCGAAUGAAUGAUUUCUACGAAGUACCAGGUGAUUCGCUUGAUGCCUGGUCUCAGUUCAAUGAAGGACGACGAGACGAAACAAUUGAUCGUGAUCAGUUCGCUAAAUAUGUCGCCAACCAUCCACAGUAUUCAUCAUACUUUUGA